GUUGCAACCGAAUCAGUGUUUUCAUCUACUAGUUCGGACUUUUUCUCGAGGAAAAAAACAGGCUGAUUUGGAAUUGCAAUUGUAUGUCCUUCUAAUUUGUCAUUGAUGAGAGACAUCGGACAAUCUUGAAAAAUAUCAGUAAGAAAAGCUAAAUUAAUAUUUAUUUUUAUAAAAUUCAUUUUCAGGAUCCUCGUUCAAAAUAUUUUCAAUUGGGUGUAAUCAACUUACACGUGCAUGCUAAAACCCUAGUUGCUGUGGUGGUUUCCUACAAGUACUAGAAAACUCUCUUCUUUAAUUUUGUAUUUCAACUUUGUAUUUGAUAAAAUCAAAACACUAUUUACUACCACAAACAAAGAUGGGUCAUAACAAACCCAGACGCUCCAAAAGCCACCACUCCAACCGUGGCCAGUCCAGCAGAACCAAUCUAUUGGAAAGAGAAGAUGAGUCUCUACCAUCUGAUCAAGUUCCGGAAGAGGACACCAAUAGUACUCCAAGAGUUCAGCUUGCCAUGUGGGAUUUUGGACAGUGUGAUGCAAAACGGUGCACGGGGCGAAAGCUUGGAAGAUUUGGUCUGUUGAAAGAACUACGCGUCAACUGUGGUUUUGGGGGCAUUGUCUUAAGUCCGGUUGGGAGUCAAUGUGUUUCUAAACAAGAUCAUAGCUUAAUAAAGAGGAAAGGAUUAGCUGUGGUGGAUUGCUCUUGGGCACGCUUGAAUGAUGUACCAUUUGUGAAGCUUCGUUGUGCUGCUCCUCGCUUGUUACCAUGGCUUGUGGCAGCAAAUCCAGUAAAUUAUGGUCGACCUUGCGAGCUUUCUUGUGUUGAAGCCUUAUCUGCAGCUUUGAUAAUAUGUGGGGAGGAGGAAACAGCGGAUUUGUUGCUGAACAAGUUCAAAUGGGGUCAUGCUUUCCUGAGCCUCAACAGGGAACUUCUAAAAGCAUACUCUGAAUGUGAAAAUAGUGCUGAUAUCAUUUCUGUUCAAAAUGGUUGGCUUUCCCAACAAAGUAAAGUUCCAAAAGCUGUCCCAGAUAGUGAAGAAGCAGAAACAAGCAAAGAUAAAGGCUCUUGUAGUGAUUCAGAAGAUGGGCUUCCACCACUUGAAAGGAAUAUGAAUCACUUGAAUUUUGAGGACAGUGAUGAAGACAGUGAGUAGGUAGAGAACUGCUACCUAUCCAAUUACACAGCAAUUGUGCAGCAAGAACAGCUCGAGAACUUCCCAAUCUGUCUCUGCCAUCUAACUUAUCCAGGACCAGCUGGCUUAUUGGCCAUGUUGCUUCCAGUCUUCCAGAAGAACUUGUCCCUCCAAUUAUUAGCCUAGUACUCUAGUUUAUAGAAUCAAAGUAAUUGAUGGGGACCUACUAACUGUUGUUGUGAGAAGAAAAUAGCUGCUGUAAUACUUGUAGAAUGUAGGGGUCUGGCUGUUAUUUACCUAUCUAGCAGAUGUUAGGAUUUUAUUUUGGUUUGCUCACUAUGUAGAAUGGAUAGUUCGAUAGUAUUACAUGAUAUAGCCUUGUUUUGAAGGCAUGCUGGUA